AUGGAAACCUGUCGUACCAUUGGGAAGUGCGAUUUUUGUCCUCGAGGUUUCGACGGCGUGUGCGCCAAUUGCUCACCAAGUACCGGUACGUUUCACCGCGAAAAAUGCCUCAGUUUACACAUCCGGUAUGUGGUCACCUGGAGCCUGCACACUGCUCUAUUUGUCACAUUGGAAUUGGAUGUCGAAAUGCGGACGAUGUGGAGCGAUGUUUUCGCGAGGAGGCCUCGUGGUCAUUCAGUUGCAGUUCCUGCCAAAACGACUUUUGCAAGGAUUGCAGGAGAAUUUUUUUUUGUUCCAUGUGUGAGACUUCGUUUUGUUGCGGUUGCAGGGAAUAUUUUGUUUGUGAUUGUUGUUCCAGCGACCAUUGUCUUUCCCAUGGAGAUCCCGCUACGUGGGAGUAUCUUGGGCAUGGGGACGAAUUGGAUGAGUACCGGCAUGAGAAAUAUUCAUACGGCAUGUGCUACUGUGUCGACGAGUUGGCUACAGAGUUGUGUGCGGCGUGUUGCGUCAAAGCUGGUCUUUGUCGAAUUUGCCCCCCUUGUGGAUUCGGGCUCUGUUGUUUGGCCUGUGAUCGUGGUUUUGAAUUCUGCAGCUGCACGGGUGUGUCACGAUAUACACCAUAAACCGACCCCUCGAGAAAAGGCAAUUCGACGACACAGCUACAGUUCAAGUCGUCCGUCAUGGGUACCAAGAAGAGUACAGAGAAGCUCAUCUCUUUGA